UACUCAGGGAAAUAAAAUACCUUUACCUUUUAAGCAAUACUAUUAAAGUUGACAUCUAAGAAAAUACCAAGUCGACGAGUACUUAGGGGCAUUUGACUAAGUUGGUCACCAUGGCAUUGAAAAGAAUACAAAAGGAGCUUCAUGACCUGCAGAGGGAUCCGCCAGCACAGUGCUCCGCUGGACCCGUGGGAGAGGACUUGUUCCAUUGGCAAGCAACAAUAAUGGGGCCAGGUGAUAGUCCAUACCAAAGUGGGGUCUUCUUUCUCACAAUCCACUUCCCCACUGACUAUCCCUUCAAGCCACCAAAGGUAGCAUUCACAACAAAGAUUUAUCAUCCAAACAUCAACAGUAACGGGAGCAUUUGCUUGGACAUCUUGCGAUCCCAGUGGUCUCCAGCACUAACUGUAUCAAAAGUUCUGUUGUCCAUAUGUUCAUUGCUUUGUGACCCGAACCCGGACGACCCUCUAGUUCCAGACAUAGCACAGAUCUACAAACUCGACAAAGAGAAAUACAACAGACUAGCAAGAGAUUGGACCCAGAAGUAUGCAAUGUAAAGGCCCUCCUGAAGAUUUUUUUAAAGUCACAAAACACUGUACAUUCUGGUAAUAGAAAGUAAACUUAGGUGAUAUGGAACACAUUGUACUGUCAACAUUUUAUCAUGUGAACCAAUUAACUAUAGAUGAUUUUGUGUUUACAGGGGGUAUGCACUGCACAUAUGUACAUUAAGGGUGAAAUAGGGGGACAAUAACUGGACAUUGUUGUUCUCCCCACUUCCUGCUUUUGGGAACUUUUGUUUCUCGUCUCCUGAAUAGAAGAGGAAGUCAUCAGAAUACUGUAGCCCACGGUUACAUUCAGAAUACUGUAGCCUGCUGUUAGUCAUCAGAAUACUGUAGCCCACGGUUACAUUCAGAAUACUGUAGCCUGCUGUUAGUCAUCAGACUACUGUAGCCCACGGUUACAUUCAGAAUACUGUAGCCUGCUGUUAGUCAUCAGAAUACUGUAGCCUGCUGUUAGUCAUCAGAAUACUGUAGCCCACGGUUACAUUCAGAAUACUGUAGCCUGCUGUUAGUCAUCAGAAUACUGUAGCCUGCUGUUAGUCAUCAGACUACUGUAGCCUGCUGUUAGUCAUCAGACUACUGUAGCCUGCUGUUAGUCAUCAGACUACUGUAGCCUGCUGUUAGUCAUCAGACUACUGUAGCCUGCUGUUAGUCAUCAGACUACUGUAGCCUGCUGUUAGUCAUCAGAAUACUGUAGCCUGCUGUUAGUCAUCAGAAUACUGUAGCCUGCUGUUAGUCAUCAGAAUACUGUAGCCUGCUGUUAGUCAUCAGACUACUGUAGCCUGCUGUUAGUCAUCAGAAUACUGUAGCCUGCUGUUAGUCAUCAGAAUACUGUAGCCUGCUGUUAGUCAUCAGAAUACUGUAGCCUGCUGUUAGUCAUCAGACUACUGUAGCCUGCUGUUAGUCAUCAGAAUACUGUAGCCUGCUGUUAGUCAUCAGAAUACUGUAGCCUGCUGUUCCAGUACAACAUACUCAUAAAUGCCGUAAAUGUAAAUACUCAUGGCUCUGCUGACUGUCACCCAUAAAGAGGGAAAUUGAGGAAUCAAA